GAUUGUUGUUAGAAAUGCUGGUGAAAGCAGUAGAAUGAAAUGUUUUGGCCGUAUUUGCACAAGUGCUGAGUAAACGAGUGACCGCCGAACAAGCGCCAUGUAUUCAUAAGCACCUGAAGCGCACCUGCAAAUCGGAAUUUAAAGCGGACCCGGGGCAGAAGCGCCGCCUUUCCUCGGCGAACCUACCGUCGUCUUCGGUUUGGAUUGGAUUUGAACUGAGUCGGUGACUAAAACGGUCGGACAACAACAGUAGCUUGAUUAGUUGGCAGUAAACAGAGCUGGCGAUCGCAUCGCCACCGGUCAUUCACACCACCACACCACCGUUUUGGCCAGAAGCAGUUCCAACUACAAGCUACAUACCAACUUCAGUGGGCCUUCGAGAUGGGUCUGCGGUUCCAGCAGCUGAAGAAGCUAUGGCUCCUCUACCUCUUCCUGCUCUUCUUCGCCUUCUUCAUGUUCGCCAUCAGCAUCAACCUCUAUGUGACCAGCAUCCAGGGCUCGGAUACGGAGAUGCGUCAUCCGAAACCGCCGCCCAAGCGCCGCUCCCUCUGGCCCCGCAAAAACAUCGUGGCCCACUACAUUGGCAAGGGAGACAUCUUCGGCAACAUGACUGCAGACGAUUACAACAUCAACCUGUUCCAGCCCAUCAACGGAGAAGGUGCCGAUGGGCGACCUGUUGUGGUGCCGCCACGCGAUCGCUUUCGCAUGCAGCGCUUCUUCCGGCUGAACAGCUUCAACCUGCUGGCCAGCGAUCGCAUCCCUCUGAACCGCACCCUCAAGGACUACCGCACCCCGGAAUGCCGUGACAAGAAAUACGCCAGCGAUCUGCCCAGCACUUCGGUGAUAAUAGUCUUUCACAACGAGGCCUGGUCCGUACUCCUGCGCACCAUCACCAGUGUCAUCAACCGAUCGCCACGCCACCUGCUAAAGGAAAUUAUCCUAGUCGACGAUGCCAGCGAUCGAUCUUAUUUAAAGCGCCAGCUGGAGAGCUACGUGAAAGUUCUCUCGGUGCCCACGAAGAUCAUGCGGAUGAAGAAGCGCAGUGGCUUGGUGCCUGCCCGACUCAUGGGCGCAGAGCAGGCUCGCGGAGACGUGCUGACCUUUCUGGAUGCCCACUGCGAGUGCUCGAGGGGAUGGCUGGAACCACUCCUCUCCCGCAUCAAGGAAUCACGCAAGGUGGUCAUCUGCCCGGUAAUCGACAUCAUAUCCGACGACAACUUCAGCUACACAAAGACAUUCGAGAACCACUGGGGAGCGUUCAACUGGCAACUGAGUUUCCGGUGGUUCUCCUCGGACCGUAAACGCCAGGCGACAAACACCAGCUCCAAGGACAACACUGCUCCAAUAGCCACGCCCGGAAUGGCCGGUGGACUGUUCGCCAUCGAUCGCAAGUACUUCUACGAAAUGGGAUCCUACGACGCCAACAUGCGUGUCUGGGGCGGCGAAAAUGUAGAGAUGUCCUUCCGCAUUUGGCAGUGCGGUGGUCGCGUGGAGAUCAGUCCCUGCUCUCACGUCGGCCAUGUGUUCCGCAGCAGCACACCAUAUACGUUUCCCGGCGGCAUGAGCGAAGUGCUCACAGAUAAUUUGGCGAGGGCAGCUACCGUGUGGAUGGACGACUGGCAGUACUUUGUAAUGCUCUACACAUCCGGACUGUCGCUGGGGGCCAAGGAAAAGGUAAAUGUGACGGAUCGCGUGGCGCUAAGGGAAAGGCUCCAGUGCAAACCCUUCUCCUGGUACCUGGAAAACAUUUGGCCGGAGCACUUCUUCCCGGCCCCCGAUCGCUUCUUCGGCAAGAUCAUCUGGCUGGACGGGGAGACGGAGUGCGCCCAGGCCUACAGCAAGCACAUGAAAAACCUUCCAGGUCGCGCUUUGUCAAGGGAGUGGAAGCGCGCGUUCGAGGAGAUUGAAAGCAAGGCGGAGGAGUUUCUGGCGCUAAUCGAUCUGGAGCGGGACAAGUGCCUGCGGCCCCUCAAAGAAGACGUGCCACGCUCCUCGCUCUCCCCGGUGACCGUUGGUGACUGCACAUCCCACGCCCAAACGAUGGACAUGUUCGUGAUAACCCCGAAGGGCCAGAUCAUGACCAACGACAACGUAUGCUUAACCUACCGACAACCAAAGCUGGGCGUGAUCAAGAUGCUGAAGAACCGCAAUGCCACCACCUCGAACGUGAUGCUGACGCAGUGCGCUUCCGACUCCAGUCAAUUAUGGACCUACGACAUGGAUACCCAACAAAUCUCGCACAGGGACACAAAACUGUGCCUAACGCUCAAAUCGGCCACCAAUUCGCGCCUUCAGAAGGUCGAGAAGGUAGUGCUCAGUAUGGAGUGCGACUUCAAGGACAUCACCCAGAAGUGGGGUUUCGUACCACUGCCAUGGCGCAUGUAGAUUAAAGGGUGCCAAGCCAGUGCCAGGACAUUAUAUCCAAUAACCCUGCCAGCAACUCUUUAACGCAAUGUGAUAUUUAUUGAAAUUGUUUAACGAAAUUCACUCGUUGAUUUGUUUUUGUAAACAAGUAACCAACCCACAAGCACACAAACACCAGACUAACAGCCUGAUUCCACUGAUACGUUUUCUAUUCUAACCGCAUGAAUCCAAAAUUGAUCUUGUGUAAUGAUGGAGAAACAUGUUCCAGUCGAAUCAGGCUUCACCAAUCAAUACACCGAUACAGACCCACAUGAAUUGUUUUUAAAACACUAACCGAAUGCGUGGAAGAGCUUUUCUCCCGCCAUGCAUUGCGACUCUAUAGAUCUAGAUAGCAUGGUACAAUGCUAUAUCUACGUCAUAUUUAUUAAGCAAGUCUUAGGUAAUUUUUAGCUGUACUUACUACCUUCGAAAUUACUUUUUUAUAUCACUUGAAUAAAGCAACAGAAAGUA